UCUUUCUCUUCAUCCACCAUUCUCUUUUUGGAAAUCUCCCACAUCCUCCGGGCCAAACUCUCUCAGACCGAGCUCGAUCCGAGGGGAUCUUGAUCUCUCUUGUAUGGCAGCCAAUACGAAGGGGCAAGUGCUCGCAGGCAGCUUCGCGAAGUGCUUCGUGAACCGGAUCUGGGCGGCCGGCUCUCGAAAUCCUGCUUCCUUCCCCUCCUUCGCGGCCUCGGCUUCUAGGAGGGGCGUGCACGCGUCGACAUACGAUAAGAACAUCGACGAUCUGGUAGGGCCAAGCAUCGUGCCGGACGAUGUGAUCCCGGUGAAGUCGGACAAGUACUGGGGCCCGCACCCGAAGACCGGCGUUUUCGGGCCCGCCGACCAGAACUCGGCCGCCGGCGGGGAUCCGAUCGCGCCGGCCGGGAAUGGUCCCUCGGUGCUGGACCAGAAGGCCUGGUUCCGCCCCCUGGAGGACGUCGACAAGCCUCCUCACGCCUGAUCGAGCCCGUCAGCUCGCGGACGCCCGAGAGGUGGGGCGCAUAAUACUACUGUAAUAAGCGUGCGCGGUUUACGUGUGCCGGCCCUUACCAUAUACGGAUAUAUAUGCGCGCAGUGGUGUACGGUGUGAUUGUGAUAGUGACGAAGGUGAUGUACUUAAUGGGAUGUACUCUCCUCCUACGCCUUUCCGUAUAUUGGAUAUGUUGUGAUUUGCUGCUCCAA